AUGGCCUUGAAAUGCUUGUUCCUGUUGAUCGCCCUCGCCAUCAUAGCGGCCGACAGAGCCGCAGCUCACAAUAUAAAUGUCCCCAUCGACUUGCUAAAGCCAGGUCUCGACUUGGCAGCACGGCUCGAGGCCGUCCAAGCCAGCGGUGGGCUGGUCGAGUGCUGGAACGCGCUGGUGGAGCUCAAGUCGUGCACCAACGAGAUCAUCCUCUUCUUCCUCAACGGGGAGACCAGCUUGGGGCCCGGGUGUUGCGGGGCCAUCGACGUCAUCACCCACAACUGCUGGCCUGCGAUGCUCACUUCGCUCGGCUUUACAGUCGAGGAAGGGAAUAUACUACGCAGGUACUGCGACGCAGCGGCUGGGGCAGUUCCGGUUGCCUCGCCGACUCCAUCUUUGGUCGUGGGUGUGGCUUAG